AUUUUAGUUAAAAGCCUGAAAUAAGGUCUAUGGUGAACACAAGCUCAAAAUAUUUUCACGUUUUACUAUACGACAUUAAAUACACAAGUAAUGCCCUACUCAUUAUUUUUUAAAGCUUUUACGUGUAUUGAAAAAAGCGCUUGCUGAAAAGGUGAUAAAAGGCAGUACAGACGUUGUCGGGGACAUUAAACGUCAUCACGUCGAACAGGAAAAUUUAAAUAAAUAAAUAAAACGGGUUCAAGUAUGCUGUGCACAAUUUCCCUCCCAAAAAACGUGGAUGAUCCACAGAGUAAAAUCGCAUCCUGCAAAAAUUUUCAAUAAAGUUUAGAAAAGUUGUCGGAAGCUUGGUGAUGGUGACGUUGAAAUCGUGCGACCGUGAUGUAGUUCGUUUAUAGCAUACUUUAGCAUUAUAUUUCUGGCGAUUGUAUUUAAGCUUCAAACUUCAUAAAAGUUGUGUUUAUUUGUGAAAAUUAUCUUGAUGGACAAAGCGUGUUAGUAUUGUAAACCUUUGUCGAUCACAGAGCUUAUUUUUUGCGAUAAUCCAAAAGCCUAUGGGAAAAACCUAUAGGGUAUUUGUCGAGGGAACGAGUGUGAUGCUAACUUCCGGGUUCCGGUACAAAAUGACGUCAUCCCUGCGCCACUCUAUUAACGCAUAAAGCACACCUCUUUAUUUUUUAAAAUCCCUCUUUAGUUUAGUCUUGUCUUCUUUUCUUAACAUGCUCCAUUUGCUCAGCUAAUUUACUAGUAAUUUAUUUUAUGUAUUUAUUCGCUUAACUUUGCUUGUAUUGGUAUUUUUCCCCUCUAGCGGUUGUUCUUGUUCUCCUUAUUGGUGAUAUUUGUUAUCUAUCUCUUAACUGUAUCUUUUUUUUUCUUAAUCUGUAAGUCUUCUUUGUUAUUAAUUAAAAAAGAAAUAAAGAAAAAAGUAAAGCACAACCCCAGCGUGGUGAUUGGUCAGUUUCUUCUUAGCCACGCCCCCACACGGAAGUAAAGUCUCUCAUGGCGCGCAAUAAGGAAACACAAACACUUAUGAAAGUUUGGAGGUAAUCAAAAUAAUGUCGAGGUUUCUCCAGGCGGUUCAGAGUAAUAUAUCGGAGAAAGAAAAGUCGGAACUGUCUGUGAGUGAGCUGCAGAAAUGCGGACUAACAGGAAUUGUGCUGAAGCCGUACCAGCUGGAUGGCGUGCGGUGGCUCUCUCAAUGUUUGAAGACUCUGGACGGCUGCAUCCUGGGGGAUGAAAUGGGUUUGGGUAAAACCUGUCAGACCAUCUCCUUGCUGGUGUACGCCAGAGGACAUCUCCGCAUGAAGGGUCCCUUUCUGGUGCUCUGUCCUCUGACAGUUAUUGAGCACUGGGAAAAGGAGUUGAAGAGUCUGUGCCCCAGUCUGCACGUGGUGCAUUAUAAAGGUGAUAAAACAAAAAGAGCUGAGCUGCAGAGAAACAUGGAGGACCAACCUUUCCACAUCCUGCUGACUCACUACCAGAUUUGCCAGAAUGACGCGUCGGUAUUAAAAAGGUGGAACUGGGAUAUUUUGGUUGUGGACGAGGCUCAGCGACUGAAGAACGAAAACUCGAAGCUUCACCGAAUCCUUACAGAGUUCUCUUUAGGCUUCAGACUUUUGCUAACCGGAACGCCCAUCCAGAAUAACCUGCAGGAGGUCUACUCGCUCCUGACCUUCAUCCAGCCUGAUAUUUUCCCACCUGACGCUACAACCGAGUUUGUGAACGCGUAUGCGGAUGUACAGACUCAAAGCUCACAAGCUAAGGAGCUCCAUCGGGUUCUCCAGCCCUUCUUGCUCCGCAGGGUGAAGGCCGAGGUGGAGACAGAACUGCCGAAGAAAGUAGAGUUGGUGGUUUAUCACGGGAUGUCUGCUGUCCAAAAGAAGUACUACAAAGCCAUUCUGAUGAAGGACCUGGAUGUGUUUAGGAGCGAUCAGGGCAUUAACAACCGGCUCCUGAAUGUUCUGAUGCAGCUGAGGAAGUGUGUGAACCACCCCUACCUGUUCAACGGUGUGGAGCCCGAGCCGUUUGAGAUGGGUGAACACUUGGUGGAGGCGAGCGGGAAGCUCUCUCUGCUCGACUCUAUGCUUGCCCACCUGUUGGAGGAGGGUCACCGGGUUCUGCUGUUCUCUCAAAUGACCAGGAUGUUGGACGUUGUGCAGGAUUACCUGGAGUACAGAGGUUACAGCUAUGAGCGUCUGGAUGGCUCGGUGCGAGGAGAAGAGCGCCAUCUCUCUGUCAAUAAAUUCAGCACCGAAGAGGUCUUCAUCUUCCUGCUCAGCACAAAAGCUGGAGGGGUCGGUUUGAACCUGACGGUAGCCGACACUGUAAUCUUCUUGGACAGCGAUUUUAAUCCACAGAACGACGUGCAAGCGGCGGCUCGAGCUCACCGGAUCGGCCAGAAAAGGCCUGUGAAAGUGAUCCGGCUGCUGGGGAGGGACACGGUGGAGGAGAUGAUCUUCUCCCGCGCCGUGUCCAAACUGCGUCUCACCAACACCGUGAUCGAGGAGGGACAGUUCUCUCUGCUGGAGAAGAGUAAGGCUGCUUCUCAACUCGAGUUGAGCGAGAUCCUGAAGUUUGGAGUCCACAAACUGCUGUCGUCAGAUGAGAGCUCAGUCCAGCGUGUGGACGUUCUGCAGGUCCUGGGACAGUCCCGAGAUGGCAAGUGGCUGGUGGACGAGGAGCACGUCAGGCCUGCUGAGGAAGAGGAGGAUGAAGACGAGGAGAGACAGAAUCACAUGUACUUCUUUGAGGGGAAGGACUACUCCAAAAUCCCGAGCACGGAGGACGAGAAAAGGUUCGAGCUCAUGCUGGAGGAGCAGUCAACUCCCGCGGAGGACGCCGGGAAAGAAGGACGCAGCCUACGCCACAAAGCCGGAGUUUUAUUCUCUGGACAUUUAGCAUCGACUUCGAGAGUGAAGAGGCCUCUGACGGAGUCUGAGCUGGAAGAGAGGCGUCGGAAGAGAGAGGAAACUGCUGCUAAAAAAGCCAAGCAGCAGGAAGAGAAGAAGAGAGAGCGCGAGGAGCAAAAAUACAAGAAGAAGAUGGCGUGGUGGGCAUCAUGUGGGUAUACAUCGCUGUGCCUGCCCUCUGCUGAUAGUGAAGGCGAGGAUGUGGACGAAGAAGAAGAAGGAGACGUCAGCAGUGUGAACUCUACCGACUCGGAUGACACGGCGAUUCGUUACGUACUCGGUGAUGUCACACACCCUCAGGCUGAGCGCGAGGACGUCAUUAUCGUUCAGUGUGUGGACGAUUCUGGACGGUGGGGGCGAGGCGGCUUGUUCACAGCUCUGGAGCUCCGGUCAGAUGAGGCGAAGAAACAGUAUGAACUGGCAGGAGACAUGGAAGAUUUGGAGCUCGGGAGCGUGCUGCUGUUCUCCAUUGACGACAAACAGUCGAGACUGAGCGGACGAGACUACUUGGCUCUGAUCGUCGCCCAGAGGAGAGAUAAAACCAACCAGCUGUCAGGGAUUCACCUCAAUGCCCUGGACGAGGGGCUCAAGAAGAUCUACAGAGCUGCCAAGCAGAAGAAAGCGAGUGUCCACCUUCCACGAAUUGGACACGCCACCAAAGGCUUCAACUGGUACGGCACUGAGAGGCUGAUACGCAAGCACUUAGCCUCCCGAGGAGUUCCUACCUUCAUAUACUACUACAAGCGUACAUCCUCUGACCCCACCACGACUGCUUCGUCUUCGACCGCGGCGAUCCCGUCCACCUCGCGCUCGGCGUUCGCUCCUCCAGCACCGGUCUCUCCCAGCUCCUCGUGUUCUCUCGGUCCUCCGGAAGAGCAAGCCGAGUCUCCAGAAGGUUCUCGUGCAUCGCGGCAGGGUGGAGAAGCUUCCGGUUUACCCGACUUUAUGAGAGGAGUCUGCGUGUUGUUCUACCACGUGGGGGCGACGGAGAGAAAGCAACUCGCACGCUACCUCAUCGCAUACGAUGGCGAUGAAGAGGACCUCGUGAGCUCACACGUUACUCACAUUGUAGCAGAGGUAGAAAGUCCAGCUCAUAUACAGGAAUUGCAGGAUAUGUGUCAGCAGUGCCCUCAGGCCAUCCUUGUAAAGAAGAACUGGCUCAAGUCUUGCUUUGCCAACCAGAGAAAAGUCAGCACUUCCAAGUAUAUCCAUCAUUUUAAAUAAAUGUAUUAUAUUUUAUUCGUAUGGAUGAUCCCAACCCCCCAAUCCCCCC